UGGACAAAUAGAGCGGCCGAAAACAGACGCACUCCAGGAAAAGUUUCACUACGUCCUCAUUCUUUCAUGUGAAGAGCGCAUUUUGACUGUGACACCACUGAGAGCUUUUCUAACUUCAUCCAUGAGUAUUUGACUUGUGCUACACGGACCUGUGGAGCUUUCACUACUUGCUGAGGGGCUGUCAACACAAUGGGACGCCUGUGUCUGCUCCUAGUUGUCAGUCUGUCCCUAUUCACCUGCCAGGUCUUGUGCUCCGGUGUGUUUGAACUGAAGCUUCAGGAGUUUCUCAACAAGAAGGGGAUAGCAGGGAACGCCAACUGCUGCCCGGGAGGCCCUGCACAUCCACAGGGCCACCAGCAGUGCGAAUGCAAGACUUUCUUCCGAGUUUGUCUGAAGCAUUAUCAGGCCAGCGUCUCCCCAGAACCCCCGUGCACCUACGGCGGAGCUGUGACUCCUGUGCUCGGAUCCAACUCCUUCCAGGUGCCGGAGACCAAUGCGGACACCUUUACCAACCCAAUCCACUUCCCCUUCGGCUUCACAUGGCCAGGGACGUUUUCACUGAUCAUUGAAGCGCUGCACACCAACUCCCUGGACGACCUGACAACAGACAACCCGGAGCGUUUGAUUAGCAGGAUCGCCACUCAGCGCCAUCUCAAUGUGGGAGAAGAAUGGUCCAAAGACAUGCAAACAUCUGGCCGGACAGAGCUGCGUUACUCCUACCGCUUCCUGUGUGAUGAGCACUACUACGGUGAUGGCUGCUCAGUCUUCUGCCGGCCCCGAGAUGAUGCUUUUGGACAUUUCACCUGUGGCGAACGUGGAGAGAUCAUAUGCAACUCUGGAUGGAAGGGCCCGUAUUGCACUGAACCAAUCUGCCUUCCUGGAUGUGAUGAAGAGCACGGCUUCUGUGAUAAACCAGGAGAGUGCAAGUGUCGUGUGGGCUUCAGUGGGCGUUACUGCGAUGACUGCAUCCGUUACCCAGGAUGUCUCCAUGGCACCUGCCAACAACCCUGGCAGUGCAACUGCCAGGAGGGCUGGGGUGGGCUCUUCUGUAACCAAGACCUGAACUACUGUACACACCACAAGCCCUGUCUUAAUGGAGCCACCUGCACCAACACUGGCCAGGGCAGCUACACGUGCUCCUGUCUACCCGGAUACAGUGGUGCCAGCUGUGAGAUCCAAGUCAGUGAAUGUUCUGGAAAUCCCUGUCGCAAUGGAGGCAGCUGCAUCGACAACGACAGCGGCUACAAGUGCACCUGCCCGCCGGGUUUCUAUGGCAACAACUGUGAGUUAAGUGCCAAUACCUGUGCAGAUGGGCCUUGUUUCAACGAUGGCCAUUGUGUGGACAACCCUGAAGGUGGCUAUUUCUGCCAGUGCCCAGCGGGAUAUGCUGGCUUCAACUGCGAGAAGAAAAUUGACCAUUGCUCCUCCAACCCUUGUGUAAAUGGUGCAGAAUGUGUGGAUCUGGUGAACUCGUACCUCUGCCGGUGUCCCGAGGGAUUUUCAGGCGCUAACUGUGAGGUUAGCAGCAGCUUUUCUGGAUACUGUCAUUCCUUCCCUUGUCAGAACGGUGGGACCUGCCAGGAGGAAGUGAAUGGCUACACCUGUACCUGCCCCCCAGGUUAUACUGGAAAAAACUGUAGCUCCCCUGUUUCCCGCUGCCAUCACAACCCCUGCCACAAUGGGGCCACCUGCCAUGAGCGCGGGGGUCGCUACGUGUGCGCAUGUGUCCCCGGUUAUGGUGGUCAUAACUGCCAGUUCCUCCUCCCUGAGGUUCCCGGGGGUUCUCAGCCGGUUGUGGAUGUACAGGACCAGCGAUAUACUUCACCUGAGAACGGAAACGAUGAAGAUGAGCAGGAUGACGAAAGCGGAUUCCCUUGGACGGCUGUCUGCGCUGGCGUCUUCCUCGUUCUUGUGAUUCUGAUCAGCUGUUCGGUGCUGGUGGUCUAUAUCCGAGUGAAACUGCAGGACCGACACAGUCACCACAGCGACAGCGUCAACAGUGACAGCCACGAGACCAUGAACAACCUGACAACCACCAAUAAUUGUCUGCGUAGUGAUAAGGAACUGGUUCCUGUGAUGGCAACAUCGAUUAAAAACACAAACAAGAAGGUAGAUUACCAUUCGGACCUUGCUGGGUCACUGGGUGGUCUAAGUGGAAUCAGUGGACUCAAUGGAUCAGAGAAGAAUGGCUUUAAGACUCGCUACCCCAGUGUAGAGUACAACCUGGUGCAUGAGCUCCGGCCGGAGGAGCUGUCACUUCGUAAAGAGGGGGAACACGACGAGCCAGAAGCCAAAUGUGAAAUGCUGGACGACUCUGACUCCGAGGAAGGAUUUAGGAAGAGACAAAACAGCGAUGCAUUAGAAAAGAAACAAGUCCUAGAGUCCCAGAGUUGCAGUGAAGCAAGAUAUCAGUCAUCCACUGAUUUGAACUGUCACGCAGCGAGCGAUCUCAAAUGCCAAUCAAACAGUGACAUCAAAGUCCAGUUAACCAGUGAUGCUGAAAGCCACAGUACCAGUGACAGCCGGUACCUGUGUACCCCUGACACCAAAUACCAGUCUGUCUACAUGAUGUCAGACCAGAAGGAUGAAUGUAUCAUCGCUACAGAGGUAUGAUACCAGUUUCCUGUGGCUGAAGGCAGCCCACACGGACCAACCCUGAGCAGUAGAGCUCAGCUUGUUUCUGGGAGGUUUUACUCCUGCUGUUUGCUGCUGUUCCCUGGUAUUUCCCAGUGGACUUUGAGCCAAGGUGCUGACGAGCCAGUGCGGCGUCAGUGUCUGCUUGGCGAGGACGGAGUACUACACUAGUACUACGGGUGAAUUCUGGAUAUUUUUGACCUGGAUGAUGAAUGCAGGCAUUUGCUGACCAAGUGCUACGUACAAAGGCGCCAGGACACAGCGCAAGCACUCAUGCAGACUUUGUAUAAAAACAGUGCUGCCUGAGAACUCACACAGUUAAAGAAGACAGCUGGAGAAACUGACGAAAAUCUCUUUUAACGUCUUCUGAAGCUCCGGACGAAUUCCAGCUCAUAAAAGGAUGAACUCUUUGACCUUGAUAAGCAGCAGAGCAUUGACAAAGAUGAAGAUCGAUGAUAUUGUUGUACCAUGGCGUACUGAUUGAAUAAACAGUGAAGUACCUUUAGCGUACUAAGAACUUUUAAAGUACACUUGUAGUACUGUUAUGUGUUGUGGUUUUACAAUACCGUGUAAAGUCUGCCAUGGAUAUUGACCCGUUAACGUUCUGCUCAGUGCUGCAGAGUGGAUCGUGGAGCUGUAGCAACUCUACUGCUGUAGUCCGCCCACUUCCAAGAAAUCAUUCAAGGAAUCUCAAGUGGAGCUUUCCUGAUAAGACUACUAAAGAUUACAGAGGGGAACAGCAGCUGAACACCUUUAACUCUACAGCACUGAUAGAGACAGUGUCAGCUGAGCGGGUUCUCAGCUGAGAAUAGGGAAGGGAAGACUCCAGUAGCGACUGCAGAUCGAUCCGACGUGGAUUCUGUUGGGCCAUAGUGGCCUCUGACCCCUGAAGGUUUGUGAUACAUAGGGCAACGUUUUAAGCAGGGCAAAAGGACAACAAGGCGAAAGAAAUCAAAAAAAGGCCAUGAUGUUUCAUAAUCAAGUCAUCUGUUAGUUCCUAUGUUCUACGUUGAACUCAUUAGUUGCAUAUUUUCAGUGAAAUCAUUGGUGCAUCAACUCCAAAUUGUUCCUGACCUCCCAAUGAUGUGGUGUUUUUCUAAGCAGGCUGAGCUAUAAAGUCUUAACUGCCAAGGCCUCGUUGCACUAUAGAGGUGUGUGUGGAUGUGUUCCUGUGAGUGUGUGUGCACAGAAGGGGUAUUGCCUGUGUAUGGUGUCAAUGUAUGCACUGCCCCCCCCCCAUCACUUCCAGUCUUCCAUUAUUAGCCGAUUCUAGGACGCCAUCAUCCUGCCCGUUGCCGGUUAGGAUCUUUUGUUUUUAUUUUAUUUGUUAUCUAAAUAAAGAUGUAUUCUUUUAAUUUAAUUAUGUAAUUAUUUGUGCUCUGUUUUGUUGUGAUGUUUUUGUUAAACCUGUUAUAAUUUAAGUUGGAUUGUUUUUAUUUGGCAGAUAAUGUAUGUAUGCAUGUGUGUGUGGGUGUGUGUAUGUGUACGUGUGCGUGUAUGUGUUAGGCACUUGAGACCACUGUGACUGUGUUGUAUUUAAGAGAGAAAAGUCGUAUGUAUAGAGGCUGUUGUUUUUAUUACUGGGAAAAAAAAAUAUUUUUCCAAAUUAAAAGAUGAAUGAAAUCUAGAAAGUUUGCUGGUGAAUGAUUUCAUAUUUACUCUUUUAUUUCUUCUCUUUUAGAGAGCAAGUCUAUUCUGAAAGAACAACGGAUAGGGCAUAAUCUGAAAGUCUUUUCUAAAAGACUAUUAUCUACUAAUUUCAGAAAAUACUCAGGAUUAUUCUUUCAGGACAGUUUGCAGUCUGAACACACUUUUUGGUGUAAGUACUGUGUUCAGUUGGAGCAGCUUCCUAUUGUGUGUGCAUAAUCUCACUACAUGACAAACAAAGAUCAGCUAAACAAAUGUGUACAAUCAUUUACACCCAUUUUUACAUUUCUCAGCUCCUC